AGCUAUAUUCUUUGUUCACUGAUGAAUUGUUUGUUUUUCGAUUUGGCUCAAUUCAUUAUGGCUCAUUGUUAUAUGUUGAUCAUGUACGUGUUCCUUUUUCUAACAUGGACAUUAUUUCUGAAAUUGGAUCAAAUCAAUUUGUUUUGGACAAGAAACCUUUCAGGCGAACAUCAUCCACAUUAUUAUAGCCGUAUUGUCAAUCGGUUUUUAUGGUUAUAUAACCAUACAUUUAUUCAGGUGGAUCGAUUAACACGUUAUGAAUCGGAUCUUUUUUCAUCAUAUUUGAUUGCAAAUUUUCCAAUGAAUUUAUUGGUUAUUGUGACCACAUAUUUAAUCGACAAUAACAAUCAAUUACAUGCUUGGAAAUUUUUUGCUACCGCUGUUAUUGGCCAACAAUUGAUCGGUUUUUUUGUCAUCCAUUUGAUUUGUUCCAUUUAUACGAUCAAGAUUCAUAAAUGUUCACAUAAACUCAUUUAUUGGUCAAUUCAUUUUCCAUUACGGCCAUUAUCGUUACAUGUUCGAAGUAGUUUAUAUAUAGAAAAGAUUCAUACUUCAAAACAAUAUGGAAUUGUAUUAGGUGGAGCCGUUGUGAUUAGCAUGAUUUUCUUUCUCAAGUUUUUCUUUUUUUAUUUACAAAGUUUAUUGCUUAUGUAUAAUCUGCUCAAUGCAUAAUAUAACACUUGGCUAUAUCAUCAUGUCAUCGAUAAUGAUGGUUUCAUCGAUUUUCACCUCAUAAACACGCAAAUUGGCUAUAAUUGAAUAUAUAAUGACUAUUCACACACAUACACACACACACACACACACAAACAAAAUGUAGUUGUAUAUAAAGAA